AAACGCUCACCGGUUGCCAUGGUUACCCGCCUUCAUCUGGCUGUUUUAGCCUUUAGCUAGCAAGUCUUCAGUCGUCGGACUACAACUGUCUAACACAGCGCGAUAAAAUCUGCUAUUCUACCAAAUUAGCGACAUUAGUGAGCGAGAUGAUUGUUAAUGACCUGCAAACAUUACAUGCAGACGAGUCGAUAAAUGACGAGAGAAAAUGGCGCCAAACCUCGAUAUUACUAGCUAGCAACAUUUAAUUUGUUCACGAAGAGCUGUCAGUCAGAUACGCCUUCUCCACAUUAGCGCUGCAGCAGAACAAUGAGGAAACAACUGGACAAAAACUUGACUUUCCACAAGCUGGUGGCGUACAUGAUCGCCUUGAUGACAGCCGUUCAUAUGAUCGCCCACUUGCUGAACGUGGAGUGGCUGAACAACAGCAGACAGGGAGUUUACGACAACCUCAGCACCGCUCUGUCCAACCUGGAGGACCACAUAGAGGAAUCGGAGAAUUCACACGAAGAAAAUGAUUCUCACCAUACAACCACCUUCCUGAACCCGAUCCGCAAAAACGACAUCGAUCCGCAGCAAAUCCCCACCUACUUCGUCUUCACGUCCAUCGCCGGCCUCACCGGUGUCAUCAUCACCCUGGCGCUCAUCCUCAUCAUCACGUCCUCCAUGGAGGUCAUCAGGCGCAGCUACUUCGAGGUCUUCUGGUACACACACCACCUCUUCAUCAUCUUCUUCGCCGGUCUCGUCAUUCAUGGAAUCGGGUUCAUCGUCAGGAGGCAGACUGAUGACUCGUAUGAAAAACACAACCCUUUGUUUUGUCACAACCGCACAGAGGAUUGGGGAAAGAUUGAUGAGUGUCCCAUCCCUCAGUUUAAAGGAGGGCCGGCUCAGACUUGGUUGUACGUGAUCGGCCCAAUGGUUAUUUAUCUAUGCGAACGUUUGCUGCGCUUCAUUCGCUACAAGCAGAAUGUCCAGUACAGAAAGAUUGUGAUGCGGCCGUCCAAAGUGCUAGAGCUGCAGCUGGUGAAGACGGGCUUCAAAAUGGACGUGGGCCAGUACGUCUUCCUCAACUGCCCGGAGAUCUCGAAGCUGGAGUGGCACCCAUUCACCAUGACCUCUGCCCCCGAAGAGGACUUCUUCAGCGUCCACAUCCGCUCAGCCGGUGACUGGACGGACAAACUCAUCGACAUCAUGCAGAAGCUGCCAGAGGGAGCGCAGGGGCCCAAGAUGGGCGUGGACGGCCCUUUUGGGACGGCCAGUGAGGACGUCUUCGACUACGAGGUCAGCAUGCUGGUCGGCGCCGGCAUCGGCGUCACUCCCUUCGCCUCCAUCCUCAAGUCCAUCUGGUACAAGUUCAAAGACAACGACCCCAAUCUGCGCACCAGAAAGAUCUAUUUCUACUGGCUGUGCCGGGAAACCCACGCCUUCGAAUGGUUCGCUGACCUCCUGAAGGCGCAGGAGAAGGAGAUGGAGGAAAGAGGCAUGGGGGAUUUCCUCACCUACAAGCUGUUUCUGACCGGAUGGGACCAGAGCCAUGUGAACUACGUUAUGGUGAACGUGGAUCAGGAAAUGGACGUGGUCACCGGGCUCAAGCAGAAGACUCACUACGGCCGACCCAACUGGGACAAGGAGUUCGAACAAGUCCGCAAAGAGAACCCAACGUCCGUGGUGGGAACGUUCCUGUGCGGACCCGAGGCACUCGGGAAAGUUCUGGAGAAGAAAUGCGGAAAAUACUCGGACGUGGAUCCUCGCAAAACCACAUUUUACUUCAACAAGGAGAACUUCUGAGCCGAGAACAAAACAACUGCUGUUGAUCAGCUGUGACUGAGGGCUUAGAUCUCCAAUGACUGUAGAGAUUCACACCCAGCUGCAGAACCGGCCGGGUGGGUUUGACUUUUAAAUCCACUGAUUAGGCUUCGUCAUCAUGAAGUCGACUCCACAAAAACUUUUAUUGUUACCAGGAAUUGUGAAGCUCAAAUGUUUGCCAACUCAUUAAACUUGAUGUGCAGCUGGUUGUGCUAUUUUGGGAUAAUAAUGGGCUGAUUUAAUGUCGAACUGAACUAUGUAAAUCCAAACCCCAAUGUAGAAAAUGUUUCAAACUGCAGCUUUUCCUUUUUAAGAAAAACAAUUACAUUUUCUAGUGCCUGCUAAGGCUUUGUAUAUUUUGUGUUUUUAAAGCUGUAAAUAUUAAAAUAAAGUU